GUAUUAUUCACACUUGGUGUAAGGCGGUCAGAGAAGACAGUCGAUUCAACAUUGCGCUGAAACAUUUCAUACAAAAAUAAUAAAACCAUGGAUUUAAAUGAACAAUUGGAUAAGAUUGAUUCUGUUAGCCAGCUUGAUGAUUUCAUCAACACACAUAGCCUACACAACAAUGCCUUUAUUGCCGCUAGGAGGUCUCUGAUGGUUCAAAUAAAAUUGGCCAUUGUAAGUAUUGAUUUUAAUGUAUUUUUAUCUAUAAAUCUGAUGUAUAUGGUAUCGUGUUAUAUAAACUCAGUUCAAUUCUAUCAGUUGGAUUUUCAACCUCUUUUUUCUAUAUUUUACCCAGGAAAAACUAUUAUGGAAUUCGGACCAACUGCCGGAAGACAUCCAUGA